CAGCUGUCUGCCGUCAAAUUUGUCAAGUUUCUGUUUUGAUACGGCAAUCGACAAAUAGCUCUGGGAAAAUAUUCGCCAAAUAUCCCGGAAAGCAUUUCUUGUCGGUGAAACUUAGUAGGCGGGAUAAGUUUACACCGAAUGUCCGCUACAUUCAUGUGCUUCCGGGAAUAUGUAAUUUGAUGCUACCGAGUGUAAAAAUAGAUGAUGGCUGCAGUUUCACAGCAUGAUCUGUCGCAGUUCACUACAAUUGACGAAAGUUCCUUGGAACGACUCGAGGUGGUCGGUCGUGGAACAUUUGGCACAGUAUACAAGGCACGCAUGCAUGAUAAGACAGUCGCUGUGAAAUCUUAUGAUGCCGAAUCAGAAUUCAAAGCAUUUACUGUUGAAGUUCGACAGCUAUCACGCGUCAAUCAUCCAAACAUUAUAAAAUUAUAUGGAGCAUGUGCAUCGGAGCAACCAUGUCUCGUAAUGGAAUACGCUGAAAAUGGUUCGCUUCAUCGAAUGCUCCAUGGCAAACCAAAGAUUAAAUAUUCUGCAUCGCAUGCCAUGAGCUGGGCACGCCAAUGUGCUGAGGGUACAGCGUACUUACAUGCAAUGACACCUAAACCCUUAAUUCAUCGUGAUCUUAAACCGCCAAAUUUAUUACUAGUCAAUUCAGGGAGAACACUUAAAAUAUGUGAUUUUGGCACAGUAGUUGACAAAUCGACAUUGAUGACUAACAAUAAGGGAAGUGCAGCAUGGAUGGCACCUGAAGUUUUUGAAGGCUAUUCAUACACUGAGAAGUGCGAUGUGUUCAGCUGGGCUAUAAUUUUAUGGGAGGUUAUUGCUCGACGACAGCCAUAUAAGGAAUUCGGAAUUGCUUAUUCAAUAAUGUGGCGAGUUCAUAUGGGAGACCGUCCACCAGCUAUUAAGAAUUGUCCUAAGCCUAUUCAUAAACUUAUGACUACUUGUUGGGAUUCAACACCAUCAAAUCGUCCUUCGAUGGAAGAAGUUGUAACAAUAAUGAACGCGCUUUGCAGUUUUUUUCCCAAUGCUGAUGAACCCAUUGACUUCAAAAAAUUCGAGGAGGAUAUAAGUACUUCUGAAACAACAAUGCCAUAUACAACUAGUACUGAACAGGCUGAUGACACCGAAAAUGGAUUAACGAACUUCAAUGAGUCUUCCAGUUUUGGUUUAACGGGUUCGUACAGUACAGAGAGAGAAAAAGAUAUACGGAAUGGCAUGCUCAAUUCACAGAAUGUGAAUUUCGAGCCGCUUUCAGUGGAGGUUAAUCCGAGAGCCUGGGACUUGAAUAUGGACGAGUUACAACGAGCAUUGCACGAUAUACCAAAAAGUCAAGGCAGAGAACAUCUAACUAUAACCGAAACUCGUCCUGGAGGUAUUCCACCUGACAAUUUUGUUGAAGCAAGUGGAUCAUCAACUGCACUAUCAGAUGAAAGUGAUUCUUCCCUGGAUCUGGACGCAAUGCAAUUGACCCUUGACCCUGAGUUGCAACCAGAGCUUCCCGAUCCAAAUAGUCGGCUUUCACAACAACUUUUCAAAGAGCAUAAGAACCUAGCAAAGGAAUAUCUGAAAAUUGAGACAGAGCUGGCAUAUAAGACACAACAGCGAGAUGAACUGUUGUCGGACCCAUUGGAGGGGGAGAAACGAAAGGAUUAUUUAAAGAAAAUACAUGAGAAGGAAAGUCUCCUCGGACUCAAAGCCUACCUACAGCAAGUAUUAAACAACUCGCCUCAACAGUCACAACCUGCAGCUGACGCGCGCCCACAAGAGCAGCAAAACCCAGCAGUUAUUUCAGAGCAAACAGAUGAUGGGUGGGUCCAUAUUAAUACUUAGAGAUAAUGUGGCUCAUAUUUCCAUGUUACCAAUAAAGUUAUAUAUAUAUAUCAUAUUGCCCUUAAGUAUUAAGGUAGUUACGUAAGAUAUGCUGUGUCGAGAAAAGAUGUGCGCCGUGUGAGAGUGUAUGAGUACUAUAAAUAUAUUAUACCCUAUUGUCAAAGUAUGAAAACAAAGAAUAAAUUUAUUUUCAAGUAA